AUGCUCACGAUGUCACGAUGCUCACAAUGCUCACGAUAUCACGAUGCUCACAAUGUCACGAUGCCCACGAUGUCACGAUGCUUAUCCCCGGCGCCUACCCUGCGGCCCCGGCGCCUACACUGCGGCCCCGGCACCUACCCCGCAGCCCCGUUGCCGACCGUGCUGGCCCCGUCGCCUACCCUGCAGUCCCGGCGCCUACCCUGCGGCCCUGUCGCAUACCCCUGCGGCCCCGCCGCCGCCCUUCCCGGCCCCGGCGCCGCCUCUGCUGGCCCCGUCGCCUACCCCUGCGGCCCCGGCACCGCCCUUCCCGGCCCCGGCGCCGCCUCUGCUGGCCCCGUCGCCUACCCUGCGGCCCCGGCGCUGCCUCUACCGGCCCCGCCGCCGUCCCCACGCGGCCCUGCCGUCACCACCGAGCCGCUGGCGCCGCCGACCUUCUGCCGAGCCGCCCGAGCCACCUGA